CACAGCAACAAAAAAAAAAAAACAAGAACACAAAAACCCCAUUUCUAAAAAUCAAAACUUUAUCACGAAACAACAAUCCAUUCACCCCAAAACCAUGUCUUCUCCGCUCAUCCUUCUCUUCUUAACCCUUUUCACCAUCUGGGUAUCUUUCACUUCUUCCCAGGUUGAAGAAGACAACGUAAGAUGUCUCAAAGGCAUCAAACAAACCCUAGUUGACUCCGAAAAUCGUCUCUCAACUUGGCGUUUCGACAACACAACAGUUGGUUUCAUCUGCGACUUUGUUGGUGUCACUUGUUGGAACUUAAGAGAGAAUCGCGUUUUGGGUUUAGAGCUUCAAGGUAUGAAGCUUUCAGGUAUGAUUCCUGAGGCUUUGAAGUAUUGUGGUCAAAGUUUGCAAAAAUUGGAUCUUGGUUCAAAUUCAUUGAGUUCAGUGAUUCCAACACAGAUCUGUAGUUGGAUGCCAUUUUUGGUAACUAUGGAUUUAUCUGAUAAUAAUCUUGAAGGAUCAAUUCCAUCUACUAUUGUGAAUUGUUCAUAUUUGAAUGAGUUAAUGUUAUCUGAUAAUAAUUUUGUUGGUAAUAUACCUUAUGAGUUUGGUAGUUUAACUAGGCUUCAUAAGUUUAGUGUUGCUAAUAAUAAACUUAGUGGGAAUAUACCUUCAUUUUUUGAUGGUUUUGAUAAGGAAUCUUUUGAUGGGAAUAGUGGUUUAUGUGGUGGUCCUCUUGGUUCAAAGUGUGGUGGUAUGAGUAAGAAGAAUCUUGCUAUUAUUAUUGCUGCUGGUGUUUUUGGUGCUGCUGGUUCUUUGUUAUUGGCUUUUGGGUUAUGGUGGUGGUAUCAUUUGAGGUUGAUUGGGAUUAGGAGGAGAAAAGAAGGGUAUGUUGUUGGCGGGGUCGAUGAUUGGGCGGUUAGGUUGAGAGGUCAUAAGCUUGCUCAAGUUAAUCUUUUUCAGAAACCGAUUGUUAAGGUUAAGCUUGGUGAUUUGAUGGCGGCUACGAAUAGUUUUAGUGCGGAGAAUGUUCUUAUUACGACUAGGACAGGGGCUACUUAUAGGGCUGAUUUACCGGAUGGUUCAACGCUUGCGGUGAAGAGGUUGAGUAGUUGUAAGAUUGGGGAGAAGCAGUUUAGGAUGGAGAUGAACCGGUUGGGACAAGUUAGGCAUCCAAAUUUGGCGCCUUUGUUGGGGUAUUGUGUUGUGGAAGAGGAGAAGCUUUUGGUUUAUAAGCAUAUGUCUAAUGGGACACUUUAUUCGUUAUUGCAUAAGAAUAGCAGUGUGUUGGAUUGGUUGAUGAGGUUUAGGAUAGGGUUGGGCGCGGCUAGGGGACUUGCGUGGUUGCAUCACGGGUGUCAUCCUCCUAUUAUACAACAAAACAUUUGUUCCAAUGUGAUACUUGUUGACGAAGAAUUCGAUGCUCGAAUAAUGGACUUUGGACUCGCUAGGCUUAUGACGUCUGACGCCAAUGGUAGUUUUGUGAAUGGAGAUUUGGGUGAACUCGGUUAUAUAGCUCCUGAGUAUUCGAGUACGAUGGUCGCUUCGUUGAAAGGGGAUGUGUAUGGAUUUGGAGUUUUGCUUUUGGAGUUGGUUACCGGGUGCAAACCUCUCGAGGUGAACACUGGCGAUGAAGAAUUUAAGGGUAACCUGGUGGACUGGGUGAAUAUGCAUUCUAAUUCAGGAAGACUCAAGGAUUGCAUCGAUAAAUCCAUAUGUGGAAAAGGUCAAGACGAGGAGAUUCUGCAGUUUCUAAAAAUUGCAUCAAAUUGCGUGAUUUCUCGCCCGAAAGAUAGGUGGUCUAUGUACCAAGUUUAUAAUUCAUUGAAGGGCAUAUCCAAAGACCACAGUUUCUCCGAACACGACGAUGAAUUUCCCUUGAUAUUUGGUAAGCCAGAAAAUGAGCCGGCUUAGUUCGCGAGCAAGCAUGUGUGACGGCAUGAGAAGAAGAUGUAAACCGAAUUCCUAGUUAUGGUGGAGAGUUUCCAGAAUGUUCAUGGUUUGAGCAUAUCUAUGGUUGACACUAAUCAGGUAUAAAUUGUAUUUGUAUGAUAUAAUAAUCUUUCUAGUAGGUUAAUUAGGUUCUUGCAUUUUAUGAAAUCUAAUAUGUUUUAAUGUUUGUUGUAUGAAAAUCCAAAAACAUAUGUCUAUUUGUUCUAUGUAAAGAUGUGUUAUUAAGAUGAUUCAUCCUAAUUGUAUUUUGUGAAGAUAUCUUAUCAAGAUGAUUCAUUCAUCUAGUUUUAA